GGCAACGGGCUUUUUGCCAAAGAAGCCAUUCCUGCAGGCGAGGAGAUUUUCUCCCUCGAUCGUCCGCUUGCCGCUGCUCUUGACAGCGUUCGCAUCGCCAACUGCUGCUCCAAUUGUUUCACUUUCCAGAAUCUAGAUGUUAGGGCAAACCUCAAGGCUUGUGCUGGAUAUGAGUGCCCAGUUUGGCAAAGGAACCCUGGCAUGGAAACAAUCCCACAGUCAAUGCGUCUCGGCGUUCAGAUCCUUUCUAUGCGAAAGAAUGGACUAAUUUCCGACGAGACCUGGGCGGAGUUGCUCAGCCUCGAAACUCAUAUCGAAAAAAUCCGGGGGGGUCCAAAAUGGAAGAAUUUCCAAGUACUGGGUGACGGUGUUCUCAAAUUUUCUAAUGUCCAACCGACUUUUGGCAUGGAUGAUGCCAUGGAUACAUUCCUCAGGAUCAUGGCGAACUACCUCAACAUUGAGACGCCAAGCUUCGAGAAGAUCGGGAUCUGCCUCGACCCAUUGGUCUCGACGUUGAAUCACUCGUGUGUCCCUAAUGCAUUACUCAUCUGGCAAGGGAGCGUUAUGCAUCUACGGUCUCUCAAGCCUAUCGCCAAGGAUGAGGAAAUCUUCAUCUCCUACAUUGACGCUACCAACCCUACCCCACGCCGCCGUCUCGAAUUGGACGACUUGCGCUACUUCACAUGCAACUGCUCGAAAUUCAGGGAAGGUCCCACCAAUCUGCAGUCCUCAUACGUCGGUGACUCAUCCGAGGAGCGGCGCCUAGCAGCCUAUCAAGCAGAAGCUUUCAACCAUCUCAAAGAAGACCGGGCCAUCGCAUCCAUGAACCAAUACGACGCAAUUGAUGCGCUCGAGGAAGGGUUGGACAUGUGUGCCGACGCCGGGAUCUGGCCAUACGACCGACAGCCGUACGCCGGCCUGCGCGACGAACUGAUCAGCUGCCUCGUGGCCAUCGACGAGAAUCCGUUCGGGACGUGGCAGCACGCGAUGCUGCGCUACUUUGAGAUCGACCCGAAGCUGUACCCUGAGCCGCAUCACCCGGUUCGUGUGAUGCAUAAUUCGAGCUUAGUUCAGCUGACGAUUAUGCUGGUGUUGGAAGAGGAC